UCUGUUUGUGAGGGACCCAAACAAAACCUGUUACUCGAGCAAUUCGAUUCAGUGUUUCAGAGAUUCGUGCACUACAGUAGUGCAUUUGCGUUUUCAACUUGCAAAAGAUUAAUUUGCACUCGUGUGUAUUCCUGUGAAGAGCUUUAUUUCUAUCCGGGACUCAAUGGAUUUUCUGUGGCUGCUGUGCGUCGCGGUGAGCGUCAGCGCCUGGUACGCAUCCGCCGAGCGACACAGUGUUUACUGGAACAGCACCAACGCAAAUUUCCUUUGGGACGAUUAUACCGUGGACGUGCGCAUUAAUGACUAUCUGGACAUCAUCUGCCCUCAUUACGCGCAUGGCGAGAUUGCUUCCCAGGAGGCAGAGCGAUAUGUGCUGUACAUGGUGGAGCUGGAGGACUAUGAGAACUGCAAGCCGCAUUCGUUUGAUCAGCUGCGCUGGGAGUGUUCGCGACCCUUCGCUCCUCACGCACCCGAGAAGUUCUCCGAGAAGUUCCAGCGCUUUACACCAUUCACUCUGGGAAAGGAGUUUCGCCAGGGCGAGAGUUACUACUAUAUCUCCAAGCCUCUCCACCAUCAUGGCCAGGAGUGUUUGAGACUGAAGGUGGAUGUUGUUGGACCUCACGGCUCCAAGAACAAGAAGAAGAUACUGGAAAAAGUUGAAGAAAUAGAGGGAAAGAUGGCAGCUGGAGGAGUCCACAACCCAUCCAACAGACUUCCAGCAGACGACCCUAUUGCCAUGAUCCCUGUGGUGCAGAGGAGUGUUGGGAGUUCAGGUGUUAGCGUGGCUCCUGUCUCCAGUUUUGUCACAUUGAUCUCUACAUUAAUCUGCCUGGUUCUCCACCGAACUUCAUAGAAGAAGGCUUUAUGGACACUGGUCCGUUUGGACGCUAAAGACUUUAAAGCCGGUGCCGGAUACUGGCUCUAAGAACUGAUUUUAUACGAAGAAUUUUCUACAAACUGAAGUUUUUUGGUGCUGGCGUGCAAGUUGCUGAGUGACGUGUUUGUGUUUGUGAGAGUGACCAGAGAAAAGGUGUUUUUGAAGAACCUUCUCUCUCUUUUUUUGUUUUUUUGAAGAGUAUUUGCAGUUCUGUACCCCAUCAGCUCUUUUUAUUUGACUUUUUAUACGUGUUCAUUGUUUUCCUGGAAAUCUAUUAUAUUUACCAAUGUGAUUCAGAGCUACCCUUAAAAACUGGAGGUGUUUUCCAUCGUUAUAACUGGAUUUGUGAUAAACACGGGUGAACACUAGGCUAGAUGUUGUGUUUGAUAGAGACCUUCGUUCUACUGUACCGAUUUGAGCCAAAGAUCACAAUAGUUAUGGUGAAACUAACCCUGAUCUUGCACCUUAAACAGAAUUGAUGUUCGUGUUUGUGAAUCUAGAUGAGUUUUCUAGCAGUGCCAUUUUUCCCCCUGUGUUUUCAAUCUAGUGUUGCUGUAGUUUCAGUUGGUUUCUGUGAUGUAAUGUGAACACACCCUACAAAAUGUACUGGCACUAAUGUAUAGAUGAGAUCAGAUUUUUGUUUGUUUUUUUAUUCAUGACACAUUUGGUUUUGAACAGGAAUGUUGGGUUGUGCUGUUUGUGCUGUUUGUGAGAGUGAAGCUGGCCUUCUGACAGAGAGCACAACACGCACAAGCUACUCAAACGGUUGAAUUUUUCUCAAUAAGUUAAAGUUUCUUUUGUAAAAAAAAAAGUGUGUUUUGUACUGUAUUGGUUUAUAAACCUGUAAAUAGUUCUGUAAAAAUGUACAUACUGAGAGUUAUAUAAAAUAAAGACAUUUGUUAAUUAUGAAAUAAAA